CGUUUAUAGUAGAGGCGUUUGACAGGUACAAUUUUACAAUCGAUCCAUUGAAGACUAAAAAAAAAGUUAAUGAACCAACCAAUAAUCACUUCAAUGUGUCGGUAAAAAUGUGGUCGAUUUUUUGUCGCUUUGUUGUCUUCUGCGAGUUAUUGAAGAAACUGCUUCCUUUUCUUGUGAUGGGACCUUUUUUGAAGUUUCUGCACUGUAACCCCGGAGCUUUGGAAGAAAAUUAAUAGCACACGCAUUAGGCUAACAUUUACUGGAGUGUCACGCAAUUUUGUACACAACCGGUGAUUUCCUUUCUUGAUUCGCAAUAUUUUGUUUUCGAAUGGUAAACUAAAGAAGAUUUUAAACAAUAGUUAAGUGUCUUAAUCCUCAUCCGUACAAUGGCUUCCUUCAGCUGUUAUCGAGACCUAUAAGUAUGCUUUACGACAGAAAAUUUGGUUAAGAAUUCAGAAGAGGAUAAAUAUGUAUCAUUGAUGACCAUAAUUAAACCCCCACACAAUAGAUUUACGAUGGGCCAAAGAAUUCCGUGACGGGUGACAGGACUGGAUUUAGACCAGCAGACGAUAGCCAUGGAUGAACGGGAGAGGGAGAUCAUCAGAAAAAAUCAUCGUCUGCUCGUCAGCAACAUUAUCCUGACGGAGGAGUUCUUCGAAUGUUUAAGGAACUACCAUGUUCUUCCAGAAACUAUGAUCAAAGACAUCGAGAACGAGUCGAGUAGGGAAAAUAAAAACUCUAAAUUGCUGGAACUCUUGGUUCUGAGAGGAUGCGAUUCAUUCCGGAAGUUGCGUCACAUUUUACAUCUGACGGGUCAUUGUCUUUUGGCAGACCAUCUGUAUGGAGAAGGAGCUGACCUCAAAGUUAUUAAGGCAGAUGAAAUAUUUAAAAAGUAUCCUUCCAUUUUCAACCAAGUCCCAGAUGAAAUGAAGAUGAAAUUCAUCAGGACAAUUGAGUCAAAGAUGAAGGAGAAAUCCCUGCUGAAUAUGUGGGAGAAAUUCCCAGAGGAGCGAACUGAACUCCUUGAAACACGAAGGGCGAGCUUUGAAACAGAAAAAGCCUUACGAUUUAAACUCGACAAGAAACAAAAGCAGGUUCGCCAAAUCUCGGAUGAGGUAAAGAAGUUGAAUGUGGAACUGCGAAAGCGAAACAUUGAAACGGAGUUGAUGAAAAGAGAGGAAAAUGAACGAAAGAAAGCAUAUAAAACUGAACUCGCUGUUCAAGCUAAAUUCAAUGCUGCCAACAGCAAUUCUUUGAUCAAGUUGAAAGACCGAUUUACCAACUUCAAUGGAAAAAUCAGGUCUAUAAAUCUUAUGUUAAAGAGAUUUUUGGAAGAAAGUGACAGCAGUUUAAUUGAAGAGGCAGAUUAUGUUAAACUAACAGUUCUGGAAAGAAACGUGAAAUUAGUGAUAGAAAGAGCACGUGACAGCAAGGAAAAUGCAGAUGACAUUUUAGACGAAAAACGGAGCAUUCUCCAACUUUUGAAUACUUUUCCGAAGAAGGAGGAACCUCUAUCGGAAACAGUUCGCAAAUACUUAGCCAAAGAGGAAAAGGUGAAAGUGGCAAUUUUCAGAGAGUUGGAAAGAUUGAGAUCAACGGUGAGGGGAUCUAGCAACUACCAGUCAUCUACACCGGUGACAGAUCUUAAACUACUGCGCAAUAUGGCUGCCACUGUUCGCGUGGAAAUUGAACAUUUGCAGAAGAAACUGCAGUGGAAAGAAAGUCAGAUAUCUGAUUUAAUGGAGAAAACUUCAUCUCUGAAGCAAAAUUCCCCAUGUUUCUCCGAGACGCCUGUUCUUGAGAAAGCAUCUGAAAACUCAGAAUCGCUCUCAUCGUCACCAGAAUCGACCUACGAAAUGCAGAAGGCCUACGAAAACUAUGACGACUACCUCACAACAGAGGUUAAAGAAUACAAUCCUCAUCUUGCCAUUUUUAGAGAGGAUAACGACAACUUUAUUGAAGAACAACGUGAUGCACUCGUCAAAAAUAGUGAUUCCAGCAUCACAGAUCUCUCAAUAGACAUCGUUCCGAGGACAGGCACAGACAUUAUAGUAGGUGAAUCAACUUCAUCCAACAAGAGACAUGCCAAAGACGGAGAUUUCGAAGAUCUUCAGCAUCAUAGGGGAACCCCAAACAGUGUGGCGAUUCGUUUAGAUGUCCGACAUGAUAAACCUCCCACUAAUACCUUGAUCUUACCCGAUAUCAUGGAAUCAGACAUGCAUAGACAUGGACUCCUAAAGUCGUCUGCUGAUCUUUCCAAAAUCUUGGAGAACAGCGAGGACAACGACGAACUGGAAAAGAUAACAACAAUUUUAGCGAAACGAACGCAGUUUGGAAAAUUACCAUCUAUAUUUCAAACGGCUAGCUACCUUCCUGAAUAGAAACUCUUUGAAUAAUCUUACCAUUAUGGCAAAUAACCUUGAAUU